GCAGUACUGCGCCUUUAAGCAUCUGAACGGCCGCAAACUUCACUAGUCGAAGAAGAAGAGGAGGCAGCAGGAGUUGGUGAUGGCGGUCGAUUUGACUCCUCGAUUCAGACGCUUGAACAGCCAAACGCGAAGUUUUCGUGAAAAUGUGCAGCCUGGAUACUCAGGGCCCUUUGGUGCCACCCACCUGUGGCAGAACAUCAUAAAGGCCCUGCAAACACAGGUGGAAGUGCGUCGUCGUCGUCGGCACCUCCGCAUUCAUGCCGAGUGUUUCACAGGCUCAGAUGCUGUGGACGCUGUCCUCAGUUAUUUGAUGCAGAAUGUGGUGUUUUGCGCCAGUGAGGUGUCCCGUCUCAAAGCAGCACGGCUCUGCCAGGCACUGAUGGAGGCCAAGGUGUUUGAGCCAGUGGGUACAAAGCUUUUUCGCCGAGAUAAGGAAAUGACCUUUGAGGAUAGUAGUUGCAGCCUCUACCGAUUCCUGGACUGUAAAGCCUUUCCUGGCUCUGUCAAGAAGGACCAUGGCAGUGACACAGAAAACAUGGCACCAGAGGAGCUGGAGAAAAAGAGGAAGAAGGGCUCCAGGCUGAAUGAGAUGAGGACUAUCUCGAAUCCCCUUGCCGUAGGGCCGUCAGACAGGAGGGUUGAGAGGGUGCUGAGAUACAUCAACCUGCGACCCUCCCUGUUCCCACCUCUUGCCACAACCCCCUCCUCCACCUUUUUCUCCAGGACAGUGGUGGAUGAUGUGUGGAAGCAGCAGACGCUGCUGCAGCUGCUGCAGAUAGUGGAGCUGCCCAUGCUGGACUGCAUCCUGACUUCUCCUGCCAAGGUGCAGCCCCAGUCUUGCAGUGCUCCUCUGGCCAGCCACCAGCAGGACUUGGUUAUCUCCAACACCUGCCUGGAGAGAGAGCUGCCUCACACCCUCAACCUCCCCCAGCUGGAUGUGUGGCUGUCAGCAGCAGCAGACUGCCUGGAGCUCUUUCCUGAUCAGCUGAUUGUGGUGGCAGGCGAGCAGCUCCGCCAGCAGGGCGAUGAUGCUUCCUCAGAGGACAGCCAGGCUGAAGGGUUGGCCUGCCAGAAAAGGCUGCUCUUUGACACCAUGGCCAAAUACUACAACGGACAGGAGAAAUCACCACUGCUAUCUGGACGCUACCUGGAUGUACAUGUUGCAAUUCUGGAUUUGCUGGAUGGAGGGAAGGUGGAGGAGGCGAUCAGGGCGUCUCAGCUGUGUUUGCGACUGCUGGAGGCAAGUGUGAGAGAUGAGAUCCGAAGACUCCUGGCCUUCAUGGCCACAGCUGCUCACCUAGAUGCCAUCCGUCUGCACAAACAGAUUGAUAACAGGGUUUUGGUCAGCCGGACCUUUCAGAAGACCAUAGUUCAGAAUCAUGAGCUGACACGAGCCCAGUGCGAGACUCUAGUGCUGUUUCUCAUGGACAACCACACGCAGCUCUUCAAGACUCCUGAAUCUUUGACUGAAGCUGUGAGGAGAGCGCUGAGAACUAUGCAACAGGGCAAAGACCCUGACUCCAUUUCCACGUUCACCUUCUGCCAGCAGGUGACGCCACAGCAGUACGAGGACCAGCGUGAGGCGGCCACCCUGGAGAGCCUCAAGCAGCUUCUCCACAACAUCUCCCUCAAUGACAGCAUGCCUGUCAAGGAGAGGAGGAGGCUGGUGAAGGAGUUUGAGAAGCAUCACCCUGUUGUCUUCCUCCAGCACUUCUCCAGCACCUUCUGAAAGAGCACACGACCAAAUGAUACGGGUAUGACUUCCUGCCAGGAAAUAGGUGAUGAUUAGUAAUUAGUGUUCAGGGCUUGUAUUCACAAAGUUGGUGGGAAUGCGUUUACAAUGUCCAAUGAUAAUGAGUUUGACACCUCGUGGUUCUCAUCAGGGAUCUUGAGGUCCGUACAGUCCCAGGUACUUUAAGACUGGAAUGCAGGCUCACAUUUUGGGUUUGUCCUCAGAUUCUAAAAUAACCUCUAGACCUCUGAUCACAUCUGUAGAGACGACCAUCACUGUAGAUUUCACUGUGGAAAAUAUAAGUACUUCUGCUCCACUAUUACCCACAUGGCAUUAGCCUCUCCAAAUCCAUUUAGUUGAGUUUUAAUCUGAUGAUUUGUGGUUGAGUCACAGGGGAAAAAUUUGUUUUCCAACAGCACUGGAUGUGUUCUGAUGUUUGUUUUGUAAUAUGGUUUAAUGGAUGAGCACGAUAAUUUGCUGAUACAUUUAGGCUGGAAGGAUUGAGCACUAGAUUUUUGCUGUUUCUUUGGGCACUGUCUUUAUAAUUUUUGACUGUUUUUUUUUUUUUUUUUUUUUUUUUUAAAUAAUGUUUUACAUUUACAACCCAUGAAGUAUAUGCUCACCUGGUGUAGGUUCUUAACUGAUGUCUGUCUGUGUGUUUGGCUGUUCAAACUCAGCUGCUGGUGGUAAAAGUUUGCUGUUCAGUAAGGGCAACAUUUCUGAUGUUUUGACAGAUGGAUGUUUUACAGAUGAGAGAAUUGUGUUUUAAAGGAGCCACUUGUCUUUGUGUGCUAGGCUGUUCUGAGAUUAACAUAAAACAAUAGAAUGAAAAUUUUAAAACAAGUAUUAAUGAAAUAAAUUAGUGUUUAUCAUCCAUUUAUCUAGCUGCUUUGUGGCAGAAACUCACAGCUUGCACACUAAUUGACAUAUUGCUAACGUGUAGAAACUUGAUAUGGGUGAAUUUAACAUGCUAUCCUUGAGUCAUUUAGCUUGGCUUGAUUAGGGGGGCAUACGAAUUUCAGAAAGCAAUAAUAUUUCUACAUAUCAAAUGAACAACACUAAUAUAGCAGCCAUUGUAUGUUGGCAAUGGCUGGUAAUGGCAAAUGUAGCACUACUGUAGUUGAAUGUGAUUGUGUACCUAAUUUAUUCUAUUAGAAAUGGAAUAAGAAACAUUCUCUGUAAAGAUUUUACAGUUAAAAGGUACAAUAAUAUUUAAGGCUAACCAUAACUGAGCUGGAAUAAUUUUUUAUAUACUGUACUUUUUUUUUUUUUUUUUUUAGGGAUUUUUAAAUCUUUAUAGUUCCACUAACUUUGUGAAAUGUCUUUUAUUUUAACUUUGCCUCACUGAUGGCAUUACCUCUAUUGGGCAUUGGACUUGAAAAUGAUGGAAAAGGGCAGAUUAAAAGUUUGUAUAUCCUCAACAACAUUUAGGCAUCAUGUUAAAUUUUGGUGAAGCAGGAUGGCUACCAGUGGACUUUCUUUUUUCAUUUUUGACUAAUCAAGGAAGCCGUGUUCAUAUAAAAUGUCAUUUGAAACAUUGAACCCCCACCCCGAAACACCCUCCCCCUCUUAAAAUACAUGUUAUAUUAGAAUGCACUUUAUCAUGCUGAAACAUGCCUUGUGUUGGUGAAAUUAAUGAUCUAUUAAAACUUUGUGAUGUUCU